UGAUUAAAAUUUGUUUGAAGUCGUCAAAAAAUUUGAAAACAAAAUGGCAGACAAAUUCGAAUCUUCAGCUGCACCAGCGGCAGUGGCAGCAACACCUAAGAAGGCUGCAUCUCUUAAAAAGGCUGCUACUCCUAAAACAAAGAAGCCUAGUGUCACAGCGAAGGCGGCUCAUCCUUCUGCAUCCGAAAUGGUUCUUGCAGCAGUCCAAGCUUUGAAGGAGAAGGGCUCUUCUCUUCAAGCAAUCAAAAAGUACAUUGUUGCAACAUACAAAGUUGAUGCUGACAAACAAGCCAUUUUCAUUAGAAAGUAUCUUAAAUCCGCUGUUGCCAGCGGAGCUUUGGUCCAGACUAAGGGAUCAGGUGCUGCCGGAUCCUUCAAAUUACCUGUGGGUAAAACUGAGGCCAAGUCAAAAACUACAAAGAUUGCUGCAAAAGCCAAAUCUGCAUCAAAGUCGAAGAAACCAGCAUCCCCGAAGAAGGCUCCUAAAGCCAAAAAAGCUGUUGCUGAAAAAAAGAAGUCUACAAAGGUUGCUGCAAAACCACCUAAGGCAAAAACCACUACUAAACCUAAGGCUGUCCCGAAAAAGGCUGAAGUGGCUUCUCCCAAAAAGAAAACUGCGGCGAAGAAAGUUGCAAAAAAGUAAACUGAAGGAAGAUGUUAUGGUUGUAAUAUUUUCAAGAGCUACAAAGACAAACGGCCCUUUUUAG